CAGUAAGAGUGAAAGACCAGCCUUUUAUUUCUCUGCCAGCAUUACGCCUUGCAAUCAUGUUUAUAUUGCAUAAAGGGAGGUCCUGACUAAGAAAAGACACAAAAAUCACGCUCUUCUGGCAGCAGAGAGAAAAAAUCCCUGAUACAUAUUAGCAAGCAAGAAAACACCACGUGAAUUCUUCUCAAACAGAUAAGAGGAGCUACUUUUUGAACCACGCUGCCUGCUAAAGAAAAGCUCCUAUUCUUUGUUUUGGUAUAUAAGCCAUGGGAGCUGACCUCUGCUAGCAGCACUCGUAGCUGGUACUGGUGUCCUUGCAAUGUGCCGGUGCCCGUUCAGCCUCGGGGUUGGUGCACGGCAGCCGCAGGGUGGUCUGGCCUUUCUCUGUGCUCAUUGUCUUGCCUUUCUCAUGCCUCCUUGCUUUCCCCUUGCAGGAAAACGUUCCAUCAGCGUGACGACGCUGACUUCUCCUGGGAACAUCGGCCAGCGCGGCAUCCUGGGCUGCACUUUCGAGCCCGACAUCCGGAUGGGCAGCAUAGCGAUCCGGUGGGCCAAGGCGGGAGUAGCCGGGCUGGUACAUGAGUUUAAAGGUGGGAAGGACCACCUGCAAGAGCAAGACGCGUUGUUUCAGGGCCGCACGGCGGUGUUCGCGGACCAAGUGAUCGGUGGCAACGCUUCCCUGGAGCUGAGGGACGUGCAGCUCUCCGAUGCCGGCACUUACCGGUGCUCCGUCACCACGGCCAGAGGGAGCGGAGUGGCGGUGCUUCGGUACAGGACAGGAGCCUUCAGCACCCCCAGGGUGCACGUGGAGAACAGCAGCGGUGGGGACACGUUGCAGUGCGAAGCACCGCGCUGGUUCCCUCGACCCGCCGUGCACUGGACAGCCUACAGCGACGCCGGGGGGUACCUACCUCACGUUGCCAACACCAGCUACGAGCUGAACGCUGAAAACAUCACUCUGAAAGUGGUUUCCUUUCUGCACAACAUUACUGCUAAUGCCACCUACACCUGCGUGAUUGAAAACAACAUUGCCAAGGCUACAGGCAACGUCAAAGUGACAGAUUUCAGCAUUACAAGAGGGACCAACUUGCAGCUGGUGAACCUGAACGCAGAGUCGGUGUCCUCCUCCCUUCCAGCCUGUCACUGGAUGCUUCUGCUUCCCCUGUAUCUGCUGUCGAUCUAAAGCCUCUACAAAACGAUCAGAAACACUGCUGGACCUGGAGAACAGUUACUACAGCUACCCUGACGGCAUUUCAUGCUUUCCUCCCUCUUGGGCCGAGAACUUUAAGAGCUCCUCCCAGUUCCAGAGCACGUAGCAGCACAAACAUGAAGCCAGCUGAUUUCUCUCUUGUAUUGUUAUUUCUUACCCACACCAACAACAGGAUACUUUGUUUGGCUUCAGAGAGUGAGGAAUGCGAUAAGGAGAGUUCCAUAAAUAAAGGAAAAACUCUGAUCACAGGAACAAGAUGUGUUCUCUUGUCUGAAGUAACCCAGUGACCAGAACUCUGAUCAUGGGCAGAAGCUCAGAGACAAACAGGAAAAGGGUUUCCUGCAGUACACCCAAGAACUGGUCCUUCAAACUCAGAGUACUAAUAGCAAGCAAAUCUUAAUUCCCCCCAAACAGAUUUGAUUCGUCUGUCUCAUGUCUUGUGAUUCUCUGAAUGUACUAAUAAAACUGUAAAUGAGAGAGCCAGUUAAUCUAUUCAGUCUUCUCAAAAGACUAUAAUCAAACUCCCCUUCUGAAAAAGAUGUUGUGAAUGGCAAAACACUGAUGGAUUAGAAAAAAGCCAACAGGCUUGGAAUAAGCGUUGGGUCUUCAACCUGGCAAAGGUAAACAGCCUGUAUGAGGAUUGAU